UACCACUACAGCGAUACGAAUACGGACGCUAACAAUUGUUGUUGGUUCUCAAACGCGUAUUUGUCCGUCGCCGUUGGCGAAUACGCGGGGUGAACGAUCCCGGUGGGAGUUUGCUGACGGGCGGCUGUGGUUCCAAGCUGUCAACACAUGAAUUAGUUUGAGGCGAUAUUUCAUUCUUGUUUAUUACGUUUAAUCUGUCAUUGCACAGACGGAUAAGAUUUGCAGUUAGUAAGAGUUCCCCGAGUUUCCGUGACACCUUUAAGCAUUCUUCUUCUAUUAACGCCAUUGAAAAUCCAGCCCCAGUGUUAUGGCCUCCGGGAUGACUGGCAGUGUCUCAGUGGCCUUGCACCCUCUGGUUAUCCUCAACAUAUCCGACCACUGGAUACGCAUCCGCUCACAGGAGGGACGACCCAUGCAAGUGAUCGGGGCUCUCAUUGGGAAGCAAGAGGGCCGAAACAUUGAAGUGAUGAACUCCUUUGAGCUUUUGUCACACACGACAGAUGACAAAGUGCACAUUGACAAGGAGUACUACUACACUAAGGAGGAGCAGUUCAAGCAGGUGUUCAAAGACAUGGAGUUCUUGGGUUGGUACACCACAGGCGGCCCCCCAGAUGUGUCCGACAUCCACAUCCACAAGCAGGUGUGUGAGAUCAUCGAGAGUCCGCUCUUCCUCAAGCUGAACCCCAUGACCAAACACACUGAUCUACCUGUCAGUGUUUUUGAAUCAGUAAUUGACAUCAUCAGUGGCGAGGCCACAAUGUUGUUUGCUGAGCUGAAUUACACUUUAGCCACGGAGGAGGCAGAGAGGAUCGGCGUGGACCAUGUGGCCCGCAUGACGGCCACCGGCACGGGCGAGAACUCAACAGUUGCCGAGCACCUCAUUGCCCAGCACAGCGCCAUCAAGAUGCUGCACAGUCGCGUUAAGAUCAUUCUGGAGUACGUCAAAGCGGUGGAGUCAGGAGAGGUUCCGUUCAACCACGAAAUCCUACGAGAAGCAAACGCUCUGUGUCACAGACUGCCGGUCCUAAGCACUAUUAAGUUUAAAACGGACUUCUACGACCAAUGCAACGACGUGGGCCUCAUGGCCUACCUGGGCACCAUCACCAAGUCGUGCAACAGCAUGAACCAGUUCAUCAACAAGUUCAACGUCCUGUACGAUCGACAGGGCAUCGGCCGCAGGAUGAGAGGACUUUUCUUCUGACGUGCCAUCAAGUUUUUGUCUUAUCGGGAGGUCGGCGUCAAGUCCCUGCUUUAUCCACUGCAGCUUUUCAACCCUGCUUCAAGUGUAGCCCAAAACACUUAGCGGCACCAGUAAACAGAGGCUCUUGUUUACCACUGGACAUAAAUAUAUUUUAUUUUCCCCUUGUUUAUUGUGAUUUGAUCAUUCUGUAUGUAAUAAAAGAUUUACUGUUUGUUUUUCCA